CUACAGAAAGAAGAAGAGAGAGUUUAGAGAGAGAAAAAAAAUUAAUUACAUUGUGAAUUUCAAGCGAACGAGUCGAGCUCGACACAAUCCCCGGUUUUAAUUAACAAGAUAAAAAGAUGAGUUCAUUGGAUGUAGCGAGAGCAGAGCUAGCUCUUGCGGUAUUGUAUCUGAAUAAAGCCGAAGCAAGGGACAAGAUAUGCAGGGCGAUUCAAUACGGUUCGAAAUUCUUGAGUAACGGUGAACCUGGUACUGCACAAAACGUCGACAAAUCGACCAGCUUAGCUCGAAAAGUUUUCCGUUUGUUCAAGUUUGUCAAUGAUCUUCAUGCUCUCGUUAGUCCGAACGUACCAGGAACUCCACUUCCACUGAUUUUGCUGGGAAAGUCAAAAAAUGCACUGUUGUCGACUUUCUUGUUCUUGGAUCAAAUUGUGUGGCUGGGCAGAACAGGCAUAUAUAAGAACAAAGAACGUGCGGAACUACUUGGAAGGAUUUCUCUUUUCUGUUGGUUGGGCUCGUCUGUCUGCACCACCCUCGUUGAGAUCGGGGAAAUUGGAAGGCUUUCAUCAUCGAUGAAGAAGUUGGAGAAGGAGCUGAAGAAUACUAAUAAAUAUAAGAAUGAGCAAUACAAAACGAAGCUUCAAAAUUCGAACGAGAGAUCACUUGCUCUCGUUAAAGCAGCUAUGGACAUUGUUGUUGCGGUUGGUUUGCUUCAAUUGGCACCGAAGAAAGUGACUCCUCGUGUAACUGGUGGUUUUGGAUUCGUCAGCUCUCUUAUCUCGUGCUACCAGUUGCUUCCAUCAGCACCGAAGGCUAAGACAAGCUAAGGCGGUGGUUAAAGGUGUUACAUGAAUUCGAGCAAUUUGCUUGCGAGAAGAAGGGUGUUAAUGUAAUUUCACCUUGUUUAUAUGCAAUGUUUUUAUUGUCUAUUUUGUUGCUCAACGAUGUGACAGUAAUAAUAUGUAGCUUCCUAUUUACUACGUCGAUAAUUACAUACUACUAUUGCAUUAAGUAAUUAGUACUUGCUCUUUCUUGUGCCGACAACGUUGUAGUAGUAGACUCAAGUUUGAUUUU